CAUUAACUACCAGCCCCAAAAUAACGCAUACAAAUGAUUCGUCACAGAGACUAAUGGAAAGAACGUUUUUAGAUCAAAUACUACUACACAAGAUUUAGCUUUGUCUUUGCAAUGGCCGGUGCGGACGUGGAAUCCGGGAAUGAUGGAAGUGUUCAACCCGAGGCAGACGCAACCAGCAGGCCCGCGGCGUCUACCGACAACACCACCCAAGGAGAGGCACAAACAGAUCCUGUAGCCAAGCUGCCCGAAGAGAAGUCUUCAACGACUGCCUCUAGCGGCGACACUGCUCAGGCCCAACCAUCAACGAAGUCCUCAACAACACUGCCCGUGGAGAAGGCCUCCAUGUCUUCCCCCAGCGAUGGUGCCCCCCAGAAGCAACCAUCAGUAACAUUUUCAACCAAAUUGCCUGUGGAGAAGGCCUCCACAUCUUCCUCUAGCGACGAUCCCCCUCAGAAACAGUCACCAGUAACAUCUUCAACUAAAUUGCCAGUGGAAAAGGCCUCCACCUCUUCUUCUAGCGACGAUGCCUCUCAGAAACAGCCAUCAGUAACAUCUUCAACUAAAUUGCCCGUGGAAAAGGCCUCCACCUCUUCUUCUAGCGACGAUGCCCCUCAGAAACAGCCAUCAGUAACAUCUUCAACUAAAUUGCCGGUGGAAAAGGCCUCCACCUCUUCUUCUAGCGACGGUGCCCCUCAGAAACAGCCAUCAGUAACAUCUUCAACCAAAUUGCCGGUGGAGAAGGCUUCCGCGUCUUCCUCUGGCGACGAUGCCGUUCAGGCCGAACCAUCAGCGAGGUCUUCAACAAAAUCGCCCGCGGAAAAGGCUUCCACCUCUGCCUCAAGCGAAGAUGCCCCCCAGCAGCAGCCAGCAGUAAAGUCUUCAACCAAACUGCCCGUGGAAAAAGCUUCUGCCUCCGCGUCAAGCGACGACGCCCCUCAGAAGCAAACAUCAGUGAUAUCCUCAGCCGAGGUGCCCGUGGGGGAGGCUCCUGCUUCUGCAUCCAGCGACAAUGUCCCUCAAGCGCAACCAUCAGUGAAAUCUUCAACCGAGCUUCCCGCGGAGGGCUCCAUGCAUGCCUCUGACGGUAAUAUCCUUCAGGAGCAAUCACCCGCGAAGUCGUCAACCGAUCCGCCCGUGGAGACGAAGUCUUCCACGUCUGCCCAUGCCGACGACGGCCCUCAGGUGCAGCAAUCGGCAACGUCUUCCCCAAAGCGGUCGUUGGAAAAGGUUUCCACGUCUCAGACGGGUGAGAGCCCCAAGCACAGCAGGACGGACAACUCCAGCCUGACUGCACGUCUGUAUAAGGAACAAAUCAAUACGGGCAAACUAAACCGACUCACCAGCGUGGUGGCAGAUCCGGACGGCAGGCAAAAUCUGGUUCAUCCUGGGUCCGUUCCGCAUUGGCACACCGUCGACAUCAGUCUGGCUGGCAAGCGCCCCAUGCCCUGUGAGAAGCGCCGUACGGGGGCGCACGACUGCUUCGCUGCACCCGCCGCACGGCGGAACCGAGCGCUCACGGCCAGGGGACCAGGACAGUACCCCGAGUUCAUGCGAAUCAAUCCAAAGCUAAACGAGUUCGUGGCGGCCUCCAUUAUCGAGAAGCUGCGCCUGAAGGGGCUGGCGGCGCCACUGCACGACUACAGCGGCCGUCUCCUGCCCUCCUCUCUCCUGGCAGAGAUGGUGCUGAAGCCCAAGAAGAAGCGAGUGACGGACCGUUACUACUUCGGCUACGUGCCGCCGCCCAACCGCCAGCGGGUCAGCACGGCCUUCCGCCGCUACCUGCAGCAGUUCCUGGAGAGGCACAAGGCCGCCGAGAGCGACUUCUGCUAUCUCCAUGCGCUGGAGAAGGUACGGCGGAUCUCCGAGAUGAGCGACAACGACACCCCGCUGCCCAACAGCCUGGCAGAGGUGGUCCGCGCGCAGGAGGAGCCCGGCUUCGGCAUGCGCCAGCUGCACCGGCCCCAAUCGGUCGUGUGAGCCAGUGACGCCACUACGGACACGAGCCAGCGGCAUCAAUGGGGACACCGAUCAGCGUGGCCAUAAUACUCAAGGACACACGAGGAACUGCAUUGGUAUCUCACUGCAACAAGUUGGAAUCCCUCCAGGCUACGUAAAUUGAAAAAAGUGAAUGGUAUUACACCGACAAGCGACC